AUGGAAUCCAUGCCAGUGAUUGCUGAAGGUAACUCUUACAUGAACUUGAACAGUGUCUUGAUGUUAACUGGAACAAAUUAUAGAGCUUGGCUAGACUCCGUAGAAAACUACAUGGGAAUGCAUGAAAACAUAGACUAUUGCUUCACUGAGGACAAACCUGAAGAGUUAACUGAAAAGAGCACUAAGAAGGAAACUGAUCUUUACAAGAAGUGGCAUAGAUCCAAUAGAAUGGCUAAGAACCUCAUUCGAACCUCUAUGUCUAAGACUGUCAGGGGAAGUAUUGAAGAGCCUGAGCUAGCAUCAGAUUUUCUGGAACACAUAGGUGCUAAGUUUAAAGAAAGUGAAAAGGCAGAAGCAGCUAGGCUGACUAAAGAGUUUCAUGAUUUGAAGUACAUGGGUUCAGGGGGAGUUAGAGAGCAUAUUAUGAAGAUGAUCAAUAUAAAUGGCAAACUCAGAGAGCUCUUGAUGGGGGUCAAGUAA